CUCCUUGCUGUUCUCCAUUCGUUGGUACCGUUCCUGUAGUAAACUGCAGAGGACGUUUAGAAUAGUAUUUUGAUAUUUAAAUUCGAAUUGUUUUGUAUCAGUUCUCGUGUGUGUAUACGUUCCGUAUAUAUCGGUACCCGAUGAGGCCAAUGUCCGGCCACUGUGCUCGAGGCUCUCAUGACCGUUCGACGACAAAGAAUACCGGUUUCUCAAUGUACUGACCACUAUAUCAAGGUAGAGCUCCGGUAUAACGUCGCCUUUUAACCGGACUCCGGUCAGUCUGAUUUCUGUCGACGAUCCUUGUACAUUUUUCCAUUGCUUCGUGACCUAUCGAAGCAAAUCGAUCCACUUCAUCAUGUAUCCGCGUUACGAUCUCCUCUUCGUGUUCACUUAUCAUGUUGUGACUGGUUUGUCCUUACCAGCAACGACCUAUGAUCAACGACAAACCGGUGAUCUGAACGUGCAGGUUCACCUGAAGGAUGUACAAGUGUUGGCGUUAUUGGACCCGGAGUUGCUUGACGAUUACACGGAGUACGAUUAUUUCUACGACUAUGCUGAUUUCACGAUAAAACCGAUCGUCAAGCCCACCACCAGUACUACCACAACUACCACCGAAACAACCCUAUUAACUUCAGAAAUUACCGAAGCUAUUGCCUCUGAAAUAUCCAACUCUACCUUACAAAAUUCAUCUUUUUCAGCUAUCGAAUUAAACACAAAUUCAACCAUAGAAAGCACAGUUCUUUCGUCAGUAAAUGCUACAGAAACAAAUGAAACUUUAGCAGAUUUAUCAAAUGAAAAUUCAGAAAAUUCAACUAACGCAGAGAAUACAUCGAGAAUAAGGGUUAAUAAUAAAACUAAAAAGCUAUUUGAUAAUGGCGAAGAAACCUCAACGAAACAAAAGGAAUGGAGAUUAUCCACAGAAGAUUCGUCCAAUAAACUGUCUAGAAAACACUGCAGAUCAGGAUACUCACCAGAUGGUAAAGGCCGUUGUCGUCGUUUAAGUCAACGAAAAUUAUCGUUAAUUCCAUUAGCAAUGAGAUUAGCGCCAAAACUUUUCGACGAUCUAGCGCGUGGCACGAAGAAUCUAAUCUAUAUACAAGUCGUUGACGAUCCAAAGCCGCCAAGGAAGCGGACAAAUCUCUCGCACAGUCGAGGAACAGACUUCGUUCAGCUUGGCCGAUUCGAGUGGUUUCCAGAGGAUCUCGUCGAGAUGCCGCUGCACGUCGCGUGUCUUAUCUUACUAUCAGGUAUUCUAUCUGAAUCGUUUAUUCCGCAAGUAAAUGCAGCUCCAGCUAUUUACGAUCAACGGCAAACUGGUGACUUCAAUGUGGACACAAAGUUUGAGAACUUUUUGGUGAUCGUUGCUACUUCCGGUAGCAGUGGUCUGUUUAGCAACCUGGCAUCACAGGCGUUGGAGCUGAACGAGCUAAUCUCGCAACGCAGUAAGCAACAGUCCAGGGAGAAGCCAUCUGAAACGAUGAUUUAUGAGACGGAGGAUGCAGAUGGAGGGAGGGAGCCUUACCAUGUCGAGAUCGUUCACAUAGAAAAGGAAGGAGAUAGCACAGCCAGAAGUAAACAUCCUGACAAAUUGCCUGGAGCUAAAAGCAGCGAGAAAAUUGAAUUAGGAACGUUAUCAAAAGAUAAUGAAAAAACGAACUCACAACAAACAGUCGAUUCAGUGCUGUCUAUUGACAGUAAAGAAGUCCUGAAAAAAACUAGAAGCCUUUGGAAAGGUGAAGGGCAACGUGAUCUCAUUGAUGAUUCUAUAGAACCAAAUAAAAGAUCAACUGACAUUAGAAAUUCGUCAGUGGAGAACCUCGAUCAUUCUGACGACCUACCGGUAAAGGAAGAAGCAUUGAAGGCAACGAGACCAGGAAUAUCACUGAAAAAACAAUUAUCUAAAAAGGAGGAAGAGGAUGAACCUUCGAUAUCCGAGGAGAGAAACGAAUUGGGCGGCAAGUAUCAAGAACUGGUACUGUUGGGUGGUGGUAUUGAGAACUGUGGACCUGGAAGAUACAGGGAUAAAUUAGGUAUCUGUCAACAUGAUAAAAAUUUUAAUUGAAUUUUAUUCCCGCUUAAUAAAGGAUACGUACGUUUCAUUUGAGGAUAUUUAUACAUACUAUAUGACAAUUGUGAUAUUUAUAUACUAUAAUCACAAG